AUGCCACUAGUUGUUAAAAACGAAGACCAUCCGACAUUUGUUUUUACAGUCGAGUAUGAUCCUUUUUUAGUAUUUGUAUCAUACUGGACAGCUGUGCUAGGAUCCUACACCGGUAUUCAGAUUCUGAAUGAGCUCAUGACAGUAUACCAAACUUACAUAGCAAUCAAUGUAAACAAUCUUUUAUUAAACCCGCCUCAAAUCAAAAACCAAAUUUUACAAAAUAUCUACAUCUACUUCAAAAUCAACGCUAAAAUCAUCCUCUCGAUAUUUAUGAUUGCGAUUGCUUUGGGAGGAUGCGGUAUAUGGGGAAUGCAUUUUCUUGGCAUGCACGCUUUACGUCUUUACAUUGUACCAAAGAAUGUCACUUCUAGUUUACCUAUAUUUGACCCUUAUACAGAAGAAAUCAGUCAAAACUAUUUUUUGAUUAUUCCGCUAUACUACGAGAUUUGGACAACCGUCGCGUCGUUGCUUAUCGCUGUUCUAGCUGUUUUUAUUGGUAUGCUGAUUUCGGCUUAUGCAGCUGGUAUGAUUUACGUGAGAUCGGAUAGUCACAAAAUGUCGGCAAUUUUGGCAGCGCACUCUGCCAAAGUUGGAACAUCGAGUCAUGCACAACAUAGUGGAGCACACUCCGUCUCUCAACGUGCUGUUGCAUCACAUAUCAUGGACUCUAUGAAAAUCAAUCCAAUGGCUUCUGUACAUAAUGCCAGCAAUGCCACUUCUCCUGCAGGAUCGCCUGAAAAAUUAAUUCCCCCAGCAUCUCAAACGCCUGCACCGACUACUGAAAAUAAUAGCGAAGGAUACAUCAACAUCAACAAAAUCAACUUUUUUCAACUGAGCAUGGUUCGAAAAGCUUAUUUUAUGCUUGGAUGUAGUAUUACAGGAUUAGGUGCUGCAGCAAUGCAUUAUUGCGGUGUGGCUUCUAUUCGAAUUCCAGGUGUAUCACUUAGCCAUCGCUCUGAAAUUGUUGCUCUGGCAGUCAUUAUCGGUCUUGUUGUUGCUAUUGCUGGACUAUGGAUUUUGUUUUUCCUUCGUGGCUGGGUAUUUCGUCUUAUGGCUCCAUUGGUUAUUGGCGCUGCUGUGUUUUCAUUACACUAUGUUGGCAUGUACGGUACAUCAUUUUCCAUCACCUCAGAUCCAAUGGUAAUGGAUCAUCAUGUAUUUUUAAAAUCAAAUCCAACCGUAAUCGGUGGACUGUUGAUUGAAAUAGUUCGUGCUCAAGUCAAUUUUUCGUUGGAGUUGAUUAUCUUGGCUGUUGGAUUUCAUUUGCUUAAUGCACACUAG